GAUAAAAGUAAAGUCGGAGCCGCGAGUCACUGUUCACAUGCGGCCACGUCAUUUGAACUCUCUUUGGUUCUCUCAUUUAUGCUGUGACAUUCUGGUGAGAAGUUUUUGGAGGAAGCGGCAAAGCCCUCAGUUUUUUUACUCGUUGGCAAACUAGGCGAAAAAGGUAAUUUGGUAACGGGUGCGUUCUAAGACGCAGCGAUAAAGUCAAAGGAAAAACACCAAACAACAGACGAGUGAAGGGAUCUCAGUUCAGGAUGAAUAUUUUUCGAUUUGCUGGAGAUCUAUCGCAUGUGUUUGCUAUUAUAAUACUGCUGCUGAAGAUAUGGAAGACCCGUUCGUGCGCCGGAAUUUCGGGGAAGUCGCAGAUUCUGUUCGCAGUGGUCUAUUUGACGCGCUAUCUGGAUCUGUUCACCACCUAUGUGAGCCUGUACAACUCGGUAAUGAAGGUGCUCUUCUUGGCCACCUCGGGGGCCACCGUUUACCUGAUGUACGUCAAGUUUAAGGCCACCUACGAUCACAACCACGACUCUUUCCGCAUCGAAUUCCUCCUCGUCCCGUGCGCACUGCUCUCGCUGGUGAUUAACCACGAAUUUACGGUUAUGGAAGUGCUCUGGACCUUCUCUAUCUACCUGGAAUCAGUGGCCAUCCUCCCGCAGCUUUUCCUGGUCAGCAGAACCGGCGAGGCUGAGUCCAUCACCAGCCAUUACCUCUUCGCCCUGGGAUCCUACCGUGCACUCUACCUUCUUAACUGGGUUUACCGGUACAUGGUUGAGUCCCACUACGACCUCAUCGCGAUCUUCGCCGGAGUCGUUCAGACCGUUUUGUACUGCGACUUCUUCUACUUAUACAUUACCAAAGUUCUUAAGGGCAAGAAGCUACAGCUGCCGGCAUAAAGUGAAUAAUAAGGGGCAUUUGUUUAUUGGUACACAUCAUCAAUACAUGUCGAAGUCGAAAUCGUAAACGAAGGCAUUGAUAAACAAGCGAGAAAUUUACACGGGCCGUUUGACAACGCGUAUUUAGUUCAUACAUAUUAUACAGAAGAUAAAUCGAGAGGAGAGCUUAAGUUGUAAUUAUUUUAUGAGAAAUAAACCGAAAAUCGGAAGUCAAACUAUCUUGCAAUAUCGACAUCGUACAUUGGAAAUGUAACAAAUGUAUUAAUCUCCGUUUUUCCGAACUGCAUACACUUGGCUCUCACAAAUUUUGAAAUCCAAAAAUAUUAAAACAUGUACGAAUUAACUUUAAUUUAACCACCAUAAAACAUGUUUUCUCUUUUGAACGGAGGGUUAAUUGAUCUAUUACAAUAUCAAAAAAAAAAGAGGUCAUAGAUUUCUUUGUCUAAAUAGAAUUAAAAAUAAUGAUUAAAUAGCUUUUAAGCCGACCGUAUCCUAAAAACCCAAGUACAUUUAAGUCUUAUUGUGUGGCUAAUAGUAAAGUUAAUAAUGAGCGUAUCAGAUAUAAGUUUUUAGAAUGUGUACUGAAUAACAGUCGCAUGAUUGUAAAAACUUUAAAUGCUAGACAGUUUUGCACAACUUUAUUUAAUUCCAAACAGAUGUAUUACAAUUUCGUCAAACAUUUUUCGUCUUGCACGCUUCCUAAACAGUUAAUUCUAAAAAUGUAUGACCCUUUACAAAAAGAAAUCAAACCUAAUGUGGCAUAAACAAUACUUUAAAACCUUUACAGCUAUAUAUGAUAAACAUAGUAAAAUAAAUACAUUUUCUUUUA